AGAGGGAAGAGCUGCUGUGCAAAGGAAGACCGAGGUGCGACGUGGAAAGGCAACAGUUACGCCUUUUAUCGUGCAAAAACAAUGAAAUCCAGCGACACCAUGAGAACCCUUCUGGCAGCUUCCAGUGUAGCAUAUGGGCCGGCGGAGUCACUAGUGUGAAGAAGAACACGUCGUCAUGGACGGGGGGUUGACUAUCACUUUAAUAUCGGUAGCGAUGUUUGUUGGUAGUUUUGCUCUUGGAUUCAUCCCGCUGUUGUUCAGACUCUCUGAGAAAAGCCUGCAGUUCGUCUCCAUCCUGGGAGCAGGACUCCUGUGUGGGACAGCACUGGCCAUCACCAUCCCAGAAGGAGUGGGCUUACUGGAAGAGUCAUGGAGAGCUGCAGCAUCAUCGUCCUCUGAUGUGCCAUCCAGUCUGAACGCCAGUGAAAAAAAGAGAAAUGAAACUUCCACAGAGAGAGGCCCUCCACCUCGGUUCUUUAUUGGGGUGGCUUUAACUUUCGGGUUCACCUUCAUGUUUGUAGUGGAUCAGAUCGGAAGUUACUUUUCCAUGCGUGGCCGAACAACUCGUUUGCCUAACAGUGUCGGCAUCACAGCCACUUUGGGGCUGGUCAUUCACGCUGCAGCUGAUGGAUUCGCUGUGGGAGCAGCUGUUGCCACGGGACAAGUGACAGUGCAAGUUAUAGUAUUUUUAGCUGUGAUCCUACACAAGGCACCUGCAGCUUUUGGUCUGAUCUCCUUUCUGAUGCAUGUAGGCCUUGAAAAGAAGUACAUUCAGGGGCAUUUACUGGCCUUUUCAGCUGCUGCACCUGUACUCGCCAUCACCACUUACUUCAUAUUACAUGCAUCUGGCAGUUCAUCUCAGAACCAACUCAGUGCGACAGGUGUGGGAAUGCUCUUCUCAGCUGGGACCUUCCUCUACGUGGCCACAGUGCACGUUCUUCCUGAGGUCAGCAGCAGCAGGACGGGACACACUCCCUCGGACCUCCAGCGGCACACUGGAGCCGAGGCCCACCACCAGCGGCACCUAGGGCUCCUGGAGAGCCUCACUCUGAUCCUUGGGGUCGGGCUCCCGAUGGUGCUGGCUCUCGGGCUGCAUGACGACUGAGAAAGAAACCUCUGUCUCAUCUACUGUAGUGUUCUUUACCUCUACGGCACAAUGAUUUUAAUGGUCAAAAUGUGCCUUUAAAGAGAGUUUUACCUUGCUGGGUUAAGUCUCAGUGAAACUUGCUUUUGAGUCCAGCUAUUGUUUGGGCAUCAAAAGAGCUCUCGUAUAAAGAAUGUGAUAGCUAGUUUCCAUUCCAGGAAUGAAAAAGAGCGCUAUUUGUUGCCAAGUAUUCAAUAGGCCUUCUCAAUACCCUUUCAUUGUCUGACAAGGAAACAAAAAAGUCAAGGGCCUGAAGUCUGGUGAAAUCCCAGUAACUGAGUAGAUUUACAGGAACAACCAAAUAAUCUGAUACUGUCAGAGAGCGCACGUUUUAAAAUGAUAUUGAUAUGUUUGUAUAGUCAGGAGCUCAAAAACCAAACCAGGCUUUCACUUUAUCAAUGUGCAAUAAAAUAGUUUUUAUUAUUUGAAUUGAUGUCCAUGUCACUUUAAGAUUUAGGGUUCUCUCGCUUUCAGUUCCUAAUUCAGCACACAUGGAGAAGUCUGCGUGAAACAAAAACAUGUCUGCUUGUGUUCUGACGGCUCAUAUGACAGCAACAAUGGCAGACAACCAUGCCAUUGUUGAAUUCAAAUAUGGGAAGAAAAAAAAGUCAUUA